AUGGAUGAGCUGAUGGGAGAUGGACGUGCGGGUUCAGAGAACGAGUCUUGGAAGCAAGGGUUGGGGACAGAGCUAGGGUUUAAGCAAGAGGAAGGACAGGCGACGAGGGAGGCGGAGCACGAAAACGAAGCGAAUGGAGAGGGAUGGGGGAGUACAGGGCCAGCAGAGCAAAACGCAGAGCAAGGUGCAGAGCAAGGGGCAGGGCAAGUGGCAGAGAAAAACGCAGAGCAAGGUGCAGAGCAAGGGGCAGGGCAAGGGGCAGAGCAAGCGGCAGGGCAAGGGGCAGGGCAAGGGGGAGAGCACGGGGGAGAGCAAGGGGCAGAGCAAGGGGCAGAGCACGGGGGAGAGCAAGGGGCAGAGCAAGGGAGAGAGCAAGGGGGAGAGCACGGGGGAGAGCAAGGGGCAGAGCAAGGGGGAGAGCACGGGGGAGAGCAAGGGGCAGAGCAAGGGGGAGAGCUAGGGGGGGAGCAAGGGGCAGAGCAAGGGGCAGAGCAAGAAGCGGGGCAAGGGAGGGCGACCGGCCAAUGUGGAGAGACAGUCAAUGAGGCGGUUGCAAGGGAGGUAGCAGUGCAAGAGGAGGUCUUUGACAAUCUUUCCAUGGUGCAGGUGAGCGGGCGAGGAGAGAGGAGCGUGGGGGGGCGAUUGUGA